CAAGCAGUGCUGGUAGACCGGACGAUGUACAUUGCAGGACAGAUAGGUAUAGAACCUUCCACUGGGCAGCUUGUCUCUGGAGGGGCAAAGGAAGAAGCUAAGCAGGCUCUAAAAAACAUGGGAGAAAUCCUGAAAGCUGCAGGCUGUGACUAUGGCAAUGUUGUGAAGACUACGGUUUUGAUGGCAGACAUGAAGGACUUCAAUGACAUUAAUGAUAUUUACAAACAAUUUUUCAAGACAAACUUCCCAGCCAGAGCAGCCUAUCAGGUUGCCGCUUUGCCAAAAGGUGCCCGAGUUGAGAUUGAAGCUGUUGCCAUUCAGGGUCCCCUGCAAGAUGCUUCAGCCUGA